CCCGUCAAGAGACACAUUCCCAACCUAAAAAACACACUCAUCUGCAUAGUACUAUUUAAAUAUUCACAAUUUUCGGAUAAAUAUCGCUUUUCAAAUUUCAUUUCUAUCCUCCCAUCUUCUGUUUCUGGGUAUGUAUUUAUGAUCUAAUCCUCCAAAUUCCACCAUCCCCAAUUCGAUUUCUUCAAGCUAAGUGAAUUCUGAGUUUUUUUUUUUUUCGGCAAUGUUUUCACCAUCAACUACCACCGAUAUUACAACGCUGUUACUGGACAGGACAGACGACGAUGAUCGCCGCGAAUCACUUCGCCGGCAGACUCUCCGUGAGGCGUCACGUUUACUCCGGAGAGUGAGUAGCCGUCGAUUGAUGCGUGAGCCGUCAAUUGUGGUCCGCGAGACAGCGGCGGAACAGCUCGAAGCACGGCAGACUGAUUGGGCCUAUUCGAAACCCGUGGUGAUUCUCGAUGUAGUUUGGAAUCUAGUUUUCAUCGUGGUGGCCACGGCGGUUUUGAUUUUGAGCAAGAACGAAAUGCCGAUGGUGCCAUUGAGGCUGUGGAUUCUUGGGUACAUUUUGCAGUGCGUGUUACACGAGGUUUGUGUGUGGAUGGAGUUCAGGAGAAGGAGAAGAUGGAGAGAGGGUGAAGGAAUUGGAAGUUCGGGAGGGUAUGUUACCUUAGCUCAAUUGACUGAGGCGGGCACUAGUACUGUGGCGAACCGUUUGGAAUUCUCAAAUACAGUGUUUUCAUUCAUCUGGUGGCUCCUUGGAUUUUAUUGGGUUUCCGCGGCUGGACCAGCAUUGGCGCAGUACUCCCCUCACCUUUACUGGCUUUGUUUGAUUUUACUGGCUUUUGAUGUUGCCUUUAUCUUUUUUUGUGUUGCACUGGCAUGUGUCAUUGGUAUGGCGGUUUGCUGUUGCCUUCCGUGUAUUAUUGCAAUUCUUUAUGCCAUGGGGGGUCAGGACGGGGCAACCAAAAAAGACAUCGAGCAGCUCUCCAAAUACAAAUUCCAACGGAUUAAUGAUGUUGACAAACUAAAUGGUGAGAUACAAGGACCGUGUGGAGGAGUAAUGACGGAAUGUGGCACAAACACACCCACUGAACAUGUUAUUUCUCUGGAGGAUGCUGUAUGUUGUCCAACUUAAAGUUUUUAUUGAAUUUUAUUUCAUGCUGUGUUUCUUAACUGCUUUUGUUUAGUUAUUAAAAAUUUAUAACCAAGUUCAUUUUCAGACCUCUGCCUGAGUUUAUGUUUAUGGAGAUCUGCAGGAGUGCUCCAUAUGCCUUUCCGCUUAUGUUGAUGGAGUUGAACUUCGAGAACUUCCUUGCAGGCAUCAUUUUCAUUGUGUCUGCGUGGACAAAUGGUUGUGCACAAAUGCUACCUGUCCUCUCUGUAAGGACAAUAUCAAGAAGAUUGACAAUCAUGGCAGUGAGGAGGUAUAAAAUGAUAGUUUGUUUGGGGAGGCAUAAAUGACAAUUACUUGGGGUUUUGGUUGAGAUGUCUAUGCCGGUGCACAUUGUUCUAGCUAGAGUGUUUUAACCCACUCACAAGCCUUUUCUUCCUCAUCUUGUUUGUCUUUGUCUUUCUGUCUUCCUAGUAUGUUUCGCUGUGGUGUGUUUGUGUGUUGUGCUCUGGUAUUGGUGGAUGACUUUGUACAUAUGGUUCUUGCUGGGGAAUCUUUAUGGUUUUAUUUAUUUAUUUAUUUUUCUUUCAGUUUGAACCUUUUGGUUUUCAUAUGAAUGAAAUUUUACUCUUCAUAAAACCUGUAUAGCAAUUUUGGCACUACAAUGUUUAUACAUGUAUAUACAAUGUUAUGGUCUAUAAUAUUGUCCGAUGAAAGAAACCCAUUAUUGAUU